AUGACGACAGAAGCAAGUUUUGUACAACCAGCAAUUCCACGUUUUGAUGGUCACUAUGACCAUUGGAGCAUGCUAAUGGAAAAUUUUCUCAAAUCUAAGGAACAUUGGGAGUUGAUUGAGCCUGGCUAUGAUACUUCUAAGGAAAUAUGGGAUUCUAUGAAGAAAUUUUUUGAAGGAAAUGCAAGGGUGAAAAGGUCUCAUCUUCAAGCUCUCCGCAGAGAUUUUGAAACUCUUGAAAUGAGGUCUGGUGAAGGAGUAACAAAAUACUUCUCUAGGGUCACGACAGUGGCUAACAAAAUGCGAAUUUAUGGAGAGGAGAUGUCAAACGUUAAAGUGGUGGAAAAGAUUCUACGCUCUUUAACCGAGAAGUUUACUUAUAUUGUAUGUUCUAUUGAAGAGUCAAAAGACAUUGAUUAUCUUUCUAUUGAUGAGUUGCAAAGCUCAUCAAUAGUGCACGAACAGAAGUUCAAAAGACGCAGUAGUGAGGAACAAGCCUUGAAAGUGACAUAUGAAGGGGGAAGAGGUCGUGGUCGAGGUGCAUAUAGAGGAAGAGGAAGAGGUGGACCAGAUUUCAACAAGAACAGAGAAGCUAAUUAUGCAGCAAUUGAGGAAGAAGAAAUUCUUUUGAUGUCUUAUGUGGAGCUGUAUGAAGCUAAAGGAGAAGAUGCAUGGUUCCUUGAUUCAGGAUGUUCUAAUCACAUGUGCGGUGAUCGAACCAUGUUCAAUGUACUCAGUGGCGUAGUCAGGAUCCUGGAGUAG